CUGAAGAACUUUCAAUUUUCAAAUGCUUUUUGAAUUUUAUCCCUCUUUCUGAGAAGCUGGAUUACUUCUUAGAAAUGUGACUGUUUUUUUAAGGAUUGUUUAGCAUGCAGAAAACAUAUUUUGGUGAUUUUGGUGAUAUUUGUGAUGGACAUUAAGCUUCGGUAACUAGAAGAUCUGAAAACCUCCUCUCCUUUGAGAAUUUGUGCUGUGAUCCAUAAUACUUUGGGACACUGGGUCUUCCAACCAACUGCAGAGCUCCUCACCAUCAAAAGAAUUUACUGGAUGUGGAUCAGUUUGACCUUAUUUACACACAUCACAGGGGCAGUUUGCCAUGUAAACGUGAUGUGUGGGUUGAUCAUUUAACCAGUGCAAUCCUGUAGGUCUCUGGUCAACUUGCAGGCAGGUGUGAUGCUGGGUCAGUGUGUUUGAUACACACACAAUCACACUUCUACACACCCAGACACACACACACGGCUACCUGAAACCGCAGAGACCAGGUCAUCAAAUGAGGACAUCCAACACUGUAAAAUGUUCCAGGAAUUUGAACUUUGAGCUUCAAACCUGUGUGUGACAGAUACUGGUGGUGAUGUACAUUGGCUCUGCUCUCCUCACGCAUUUUACUGUAAAAUCACAUACAAGUUGCUUUGUCUAACGGCAUUAUUGUGUCAAGAGCCUUACUAUCCUGAACUGAGAGGCAACAUCUUUACACCAUGACUCUACAGACCUGUAAUUUGGUCCCCCAGCGCAGCCUGAAGAACACCUUCUUCAAUCAGAUACUGCUGUCUGUGCUGCUGUUGCUCCUCCAGGCCUGGUGGGGGAGCUGCCACCCCCAGUGUUUGGACUACAAGCCUCCGUUUGAGCCCCGGCAGCCACUGGUCUUCUGCAAGGAGUACUCCAAGUUUGGAUGCUGUGACCUGGAGAAGGAUGGGGAGAUAUCUGUCAGGUUUUACACCAUCAUGGACAACUUUGACCAUUCAGGUUAUGUCACCUGUGGCAAGUACAUACGCAGCAUCCUCUGCCAGGAGUGUUCUCCAUACGCAGCCCACCUGUAUGAUGCUGAAGAUGCCAACACACCUAUGCGGUUGCUUCCUGGACUGUGCGGUGACUACUGCUCCGACUACUGGCAUCAGUGUCGUUACACACUCAGUCUCCUCUUGGAGGACAUGGGCAGUCCACAGCAGUUUGCAAACCUGACGGCAACAAUAGAAGAAGAUCGCAGAAGAUUCUGUGACUUACUGGAGCUGAAGGACAGACAGUACUGCUAUCCAAAUGUACUGACAAAUGCAGAGCUAAAUGCUAACCUUGGCCUGGUACGUGAAGAUCCUAAAGGUUGUCUGGAGUUGUGUUUACAGGAGGUUGCCAAUGGGCUCCGUAACCCUGUGGCCAUGAUUCACGCAGAUGAUGGAACUCAUCGCUUUUUCGUGGCAGAGCAGCUGGGUUAUGUGUGGGUGUACUUAGCCAACGGCUCCAGGAUCGACCGUCCUUUCCUCAACCUCACCCGGGCUGUCCUCACGUCGCCGUGGUCUGGUGACGAGCGGGGAUUCCUCUGCAUAGCCCUGCACCCAAGGUUCACAACAAUCAGAAAAGCCUAUGUGUACUACUCGGUGUCUGUCAAGAAGGAAGAGAGGAUACGAAUCAGCGAAUUCACACUGUCAACACAUGACGAUAACCAACUAGAUCACUCCUCUGAGAGGAUCAUCCUUGAGGUGGUAGAGCCAGCAUCCAAUCAUAAUGGAGGGCAGCUUCUGUUUGGCCAUGACGGCUAUCUGUACAUCUUCAUCGGCGAUGGUGGCCGAGCUGGGGACCCCUUUGGAAAGUUUGGCAAUUCACAGAACAAGUCGACACUUCUUGGCAAGGUGCUGCGUAUUGAUGUUGACAACAAUGACGAUGGUGCCCCAUACAGCAUUCCUUCAGACAACCCGUUCCUAGGGGAGAACGAAGCACGACCUGAGAUUUAUGCCUAUGGAGUCCGGAACAUGUGGCGUUGCUCCAUUGACCGUGGUGACCCUACUACAGGCCGAGGCAGAGGCAGGAUGCUUUGUGGUGACGUGGGUCAGAACAAAUAUGAAGAGGUGGACCUCAUUGUUAAAGGAGGCAACUAUGGAUGGAGGGCCAAAGAAGGCUUCAGCUGCUAUGAUCGCAAACUCUGUCAAAACUCAUCUCUAGAUGACAUCUUGCCUAUCUUUGCCUACCCCCACAAGUUGGGCAAAUCAGUGACGGGAGGAUACAUCUACAGAGGCUGCCAGAUGCCCAACCUCAACGGACUCUACAUCUUUGGGGAUUUCAUGAGUGGGCGCCUGAUGUCUUUAAAGGAGAACGUCACCACAGGUGAAUGGCAGUACAAUGAGAUCUGCAUGGGAACAGACCAGACCUGCAGGUUCCCCAAACUCAUCAACAGUUAUUAUAAAUACAUCAUCUCUUUUGCUGAGGAUGAAGCAGGUGAACUGUAUUUCUUAGCCACAGGAGUCCCCAGUGCCAGUGCCAGAGCAGGAGUGGUCUAUAAGAUAGUGGAUCCUUCCAGGCGAGCUCCACCAGGGAAAUGCAGCAUCAAACCUUCACAUGUUAAGAUUAAGGGAAAACUGAUUCACUUCCACCCCAAAGAAGAGUUUGUAAUCAACAAGAAACCGACCACGACACCUGUUCCCACAACGACCACAAGAAAACCUACGACAACAACAAAGAAAACACCCAGAAAACCUAUUAUAAUAAUAAAACCGCCAAUGCCAACAAGAAAAACAAUAAGAAAAACACAGCUACGGCCAACAACAACAGCAACAACAAGAAAAACAACAUUGCAGACAACAAGAAAAACAACAACGAGAAAGACGACAUUACCACCAACAACAUCAACUAUAAAAGCAACAACAGUAAAAACAACCUCAGCCACAACAAUAAAACCAACAACAAAACCAACAACCUUACCCACAACUGUCCAGACGGCCAUGACAACAACUUCCGCCACAACCACACCCACUGGUUAUCGCACAACCGUCAUGACGGCAGUCUCCUCUAGGAUUCCUCAAACCCCAAUCAUCACUCCACAUCCAACAAGGAGACAUGGGAGACCCCUUCAGAAUCCUGCUAGUACUACCUCCCAACCUCUAACAACACCACAGCUUCCUUCUUCUCCACCCACAACAUCUCUGAAACAAUCCCAGAUGGCUCUGACCUCGACACGUUACCCGGAGCGUCCUGGAGCGCUGACCACACCUCUUCCAACAUACUGGAGUCAGAAACCCACCAUGUCAUCCUACAAGUCCCAAAGACCACCACUCAACACCACACUGCCUAAAGCUCAAGAAGAGAAACUGAGGCUUGGAGAGAAGCUGGAAAGUGCUGGGGAGGGUAACCAAGUGUUUAAGAGGCCCAGAGGAAGAGGCAGAGGUCACAUUUACAAAAGAGGAAGAGGAGGGAGAAGGCUGAGGGCUGGCUCAGUGCGACUGGUGAGCGCCGAUGGUUUAUCAGAUCGAGGUAGAGUGGAGAUCUUUAUCCGAGGAGAGUGGGGGACAGUGUGCGAUGACCUUUUCACCGUCAAGGCAGGCACUGUGGUGUGUCGACAGCUUGGCUUCAGGAUGGCAUUGGCGGUGAUGAAGAAGGCUGUGUUGGGGGAGGCAGACAGCAGCGUCAGGAUCCUGUUAGAUGACGUAGAGUGUGAGGGUGGUGAGAGAUCGCUGCUGGAGUGCAAGAGAUCCAGGGUUGGGAAGCACAAUUGCUCACAUGGGGAAGAUGUAGGGGUGAUCUGUGGUUAGCACAGAGGGGUGGAAAGUAGAAAAAGUAUAGGAUGGAAAGGAGGAGAUGGCGGAGUGAUGCAUGGUGGUUUGCCUCUUUUUGUAUUUUGAUGUUCCAUUUUUCAAUUCCCCCCACUGCUAAAUGCUCAACUGUCCUUCUAAAUACCUUAAUAUUCUUACUAUGCACUUCUAACCAAGAAGAGAGCAGUGUGAAGGAGGUACAUGUACCUAAUUGGAGACUUUCAUUGGCUUAGUCUGACACAGUUUCUCCUAAACUCACUUAGUCGACUGUUGGGUAAAAACUAACCAAGCAUAUAGAGUAACACCAAUGGUUAUAGUGAAUAGAAACAAACUCUAAAUGAAUUCCUAUUUUCAGAAAGAGAUCAGCAUGUGUGAAUGCGAACCAUCCAAAUUUAUAACUCCACUUAGCCAUAGUGUGAAGCAGUGAGUUUAGGAGAAACCUUAAGAAUAUUCCGUUUGUUCUGUUUACAUAUUUACUAGAGCAAAGCUGCCCAAUAGGAAACUGUUUUCCAAGAAGAUAUUUGUAUUUUUGUAUUGUAUAACUUCUUUUUGCAUUUUUAUACCUUUCUUUUAGUGAAGCCUUGAGAGGCAAGUGAGAAAAAAAAAUUCUGGUGAUCUAUUUUCUAAGUCUGAUCUAAAAUGGUUUUCU